UGGGUAUCUAGGUACUACGUACCUAGGUAGAGUCCGCGAUGCGCUUUAGAUAUUUCCGAGGCCUACCUACGUUGAGCUUCCAACACUUUUAAUGUUACUACCUAGUUCAAUUGGGGCUUGGAUUUUCUUUCUACCCAUUCGCCUAGGUACAGUUACUUUAUUUAUCACGGAGUAGACACGCCUUGCUUUAGAACAAGCUGAAGCCAUCAUUCUUAAGCUCUUCUCUUUUUUCUUCUUCUCUAAACGGGGUCCCCUUCAACAUAGUUUUAAUUACGACUAACCUGCCACGUAUCGCCCCAAGUCAAACUUGUAUACAACAAGCGCCUCUUCUUUCUUAACCUUAUUGCAAGCCGAUCGGUAUACCAAAAUUCAGCAAGUGUUCUGAAUGAGAUGUCGGCCGAAAAGAGGCCCGCCGCCGACGACGCAGGGGCAGGGCAGUUAGUUAAGAGACAGAAGCCGGGUACGAGCACAGCACUUUCGAGACGCGAUGACACCGCCAGUAGCAGUGCUUUGAUUCAAUCGACAAUAAGGACAAGUAAUCUUGAGGCGCCGCUCAUGGAACUGAGUGGUCACUCCGGGGAGAUAUUCUCAGCCAAGUUCGACCCAACUGGAAAUUUGAUCGCGUCUGGGUCUAUGGACAGGAGUAUAUUGUUAUGGAAUUCUUCUGGUUCUUGCGAAAAUUACGGCGUCCUGAAUGGUCACAAAGGCGCAGUUCUCGAUUUACAGUGGUCUCGAGAUUCCGAAAUCCUAUAUUCUGCUUCGGCCGACAUGCAUCUCGCCAGUUGGGAUUUGACGUCGGGAACUAGGAUACGGCGAUAUGUAGGCCAUGAGGAGAUUAUCAACGCUAUGGAUAUCAGCAAGCGGGGUGAAGAACUUUUAAUCAGUGCCAGUGAUGACGGCACUAUCGGCAUCUGGGAUCCCCGUACAAAGACCGCUGUGGACCAUAUUGAGACCGACUUCCCGAUUACUGCUAUUGCUGUCUCCGAGGCUGGCAAUGAAAUAUACUCCGGUGGGAUUGAUAAUGAUAUCAAGGUCUGGGAUUUGCGGAAAAAGGCUGUUGUUUAUUCCAUGCUAGGUCACAACGAUACUGUCACCAGUUUGCGCGUUUCCCCUGACUCUCAAUCACUCCUGUCCUUCUCCCACGACUCAACUGCGAAAACCUGGGAUGUUCGACCCUUUGCCCCGACAGAGCGGCAUAUCCGAACCUUUGACGGAGCACAGAUGGGCAUAGAGAAAAACUUAAUCCGUGCAAGCUGGGACAAGGCUGGCAAAAAGAUUGCGGUAGGCGCCGGAGAUGGAACUGUUGUCAUAUGGUCAAAUGACAAUGGAAAGCUUCUGUACAAGCUUCCUGGCCACAAGGGCACUGUCAACUGCGCAGAGUUCACGCCAAACGAAGAGCCUAUCAUUCUUUCAGCAUCUUCAGAUCGUCGUAUGCUUCUGGGAGAGCUACGGUGAUUCAGCUACGCUCUAUGGUCUGAAGGGAAAUUCUAAGAGCUGCCGCGAAGCAGGAAGACCUUCCAUUUCAAUUGUUUAGCUUCCUCUAGGCGCAAGUAGAAGCUGUGUCCAUUGUCAAGCCUACUUCCUUAGGAAAAUCUGUGAAAUGACGAGCCACAAAGUCGUCGUUUCUGCAUUCAGACAAGUAACUAUAGGUAUGACCUAGCGAGUGUAGUAUAAUUGAUGCUCUGGGUUUGGCGAGCUUGAUAUAGCAUUGCCUCGGAGGUAACUACAACGCGAGAGCGUCAAUCAUUCGGCACCUUUCUAGCAUCCGAAACGAGAUAACGAAGCAGCCAUCUGAUAACUAUUGUUGCAGGGUUGUUGGGGGAUCUCUAGAAUAGACAGUUCAACGAACACUUGGAAUGAAGGCACCAAGUAUUCGAUACCCAGUAACAUGAUAACGAAUCGGAGAUUUUGUGCUGUUACGAAAACUGUCCAGGAAUAUGAACAGAAUACAACCUGGCUCCUUAGAACCUUGAGCUGGGAUAUGUGGCGGGUAUUAUUACAUAGUCCUGUGUUUGCCCAGGUUCCCCACCACGGUUCCGAGAUGGGUCUGUAUCUACGUAGUAUAAUGAUUGGUCAUCAUAAGAUGAUAAAGGAACGCGAAUCUGUAAUACCGCUGCCUCUGGGCUACCUCUGAA